CGAUUUCCUGAAAAAACUAUAGCAAAAUUAUUUAGAUUACUUUUUGCAACUGAAGGAUUUAUAAGACAUGUCAAAAAUUUUGAAAUGCAUUCGGUAGAGUUGAAAACUUUUAUGAUGAUGCAUCUGUCUUCUUCAAUAAUUAUGAAACUUGAUGAAUUUAAAGAUCUAAAAGUGCCUAUUGCCAGAUAUUUUGUGAGAUGGAAAACAGAUGAGAUAAAUAAGAAUAAUAUGUUUGCUAUGGUGCAUUCAGAAGCGGAAAUAUGGCUACGAUUGAUCAAACCGACUCUUAAUGGGGGUACUAGGACUCCAAAAAAGAAAAAAAAGGGCAAGAAAGGAAAGGGUAAUAAUAAUAAUACUUCAGAUGAUCGAGAGCCAAUUCAUUAUUACUUUGAUAGUGUUUACUUAAAUGCUACUGAGGCACCUAUAAUUUCUAUAUCAUUUCAUCUCUCAGUUCCAUUUUAUGAUACUCAUAAAGAUUGGAUUUUGGAAUGUAAUGUCGGCUCGGUUAAAGUUCUUACUACCGCAAGGAUGAUAACUUUAUCCAAAGUAACUCAGAAGGAUUUGAAUCAUCAUUACACUUGGGUUGAUGUCCUGAAGACAGAAGAUAACGACAAACCUGAAAAUAAUAUUGAUGAUAUAAAAGAUGCAAGAGUAUGUAAACGAUGUGGAGAUGCGGCCAGCAAACUUUGUACAAGGUGUAAAUCGGUAUAUUAUUGUAGUCAAGAUUGCCAGAAGAAUGAUUGGAAAAGACACAAAAAGGAGGAUUGUACUCAAAGUACUACUGAAUAAUAUGCUGUAAUCGUUAUGGUUCUAUAGUUUUUUCUCGGGUAAUCUGAAGUAUUUUAGUUGUAUAUAUUUAGAAAAAGAGAUUUACUAUCAUGA